AUGAAGAAAAUCCCCACCCGUUUUUGGAUAGCAGUAAUGGUAUUCUUUAGUACCUACAUAAAUUACACCACGAGAGUAAACAUGUCGAUGAGCAUCGUAUCGAUGACCAAAGGAAAAACGAAAAAAACCCCCGAGUGUAUUAUACUAAAGCAAAAGGAGCAAGGCACACACGAAGACAACCCCGAAGACGCCACCCAGAAACCCUUACCUGACUACGGAGAAAGGUACGAUUGGGACGAGCACGUCCAAGCGCAAAUAUUGGGCAGCUACUUCUGGGGUUACAUAGUAACCUCCCUACCAGGUGGAGCUGCUUCGGAAUGGUGGGGCCCCAGAAAAGUGAUAUUUUGGACGGUACUACUUACCGCUAUUUUCAACGUAUCUAGCGUAUUCGCCGCUUGGUACCACUUCGCGUUGCUCAUCGGUUGCAGAUUUCUCGUUGGAUUGAUGGCGGGUUUCGUGUACCCGGCGCUGCAGGUACUGAUAGCCAAAUGGGCGCCUCCCGCUGAAAAGGGCAAGUUUAUGGCUUGCAUGAUGGGCAAUACUCUGUCUACCUGCAUCACUUGGCCUUUGGUGGGCUCCGUUACCACGGCCUUCGGCUGGGAUUGGGGCUUCUACUCCAUAUCCAUACAAUUGGUGGCGUUUUGCGCGAUAUUUUGGUUCGUAGCCGCUGAUAGUCCCGAUGAUCACAAGUUUAUAUCCGAAGCGGAAGUGGCCUUCAUCAAGGAAGCCCAAGCGGGGUCGGUCACUAAGAAAAAACACCGCGCGCCCUACGCGCAAAUCCUCAAGAACGGCCCCUUUUGGGUGCUGCUCCUGUUGCAUUCGUGCAACUUGUGGGGUUUGUACGUGCAAUUGCAGAGCGUGCCGAAGUUUAUGAACGAAGUGGUGGGUUUCAACAUGCGCGAUUCGGGAUUUUUGGUGGCCCUGCCGCAUUUGUCGCGCUUGGUGUUCAGCUUUCUGUACGGCUACAUCGGAGAUUGGCUGAAUAACAAGAAGGUGUUGUCGCGAAAGGCCGUCAGGAAAACGUUUUGCGUUUUUUCUCAUAUAAUACCGGGUAUAUUGAUGGCCUCGAUCUGUUUGGUCGGUUGCAACUACAUAGCCAUCGUCGCUCUAUUGGUGUUUAGCAUCGCAAUCAAUGGUGCUGUGGUACUGACGACUCUAUCGAAUCCCCACGAUUUGGCGCCGAAUUUCGUCGGCUCCAUUUUCGGCAUCAACAACUUAAUCGGGGGAAUGUCCGGUUUCAUUGUGCCCGCCAUUACCGCUGUUUUAGUAGCCGAACACAAUGGAACGAAAGAAUGGGGUUAUACGUUCAUUUUGGGAGGAAGCGUGUACAUUUUUGGAGGUGUUGUAUUCAUUUUGUUUGGUUCCGUGGAGGAGCAAUCGUGGAACAGGAUCGCUGAUCAGUAGUGAAACGAGCAAUUGGAUUCGAAAUUUUGCGAAAAAAAUUAAAUAGAAAGUGA